AUGCAUCUUUCAUACUAUCUACAAAUUCUUCUUUCUUCUUAUAGUAUCUCUAAACCUCUCACUUCAGAAAUGGAAUCGGAAUCCAGGGUGGAAAAAAAUGAGAAAUUUCUGCAGAAGCUAGGCCUAAAGACUGUCAACACCUGUCUGGAUCUGAAUAACUGCAGAUUAACCACAGCGCAAGUGCAGGAACUGGCUGCUUUGCUGCCUUUUCUCCCAGACUUGGAAAAACUGGAUAUUUCCUGGAAUGAGUUCAUAGGUGGAACACUCCAUUUAAUCACUCAGCAAAUGCAUCUUGUCAGCAAGUUAAAAAUUCUGAGGCUGGGUGGUUGCAGACUUACCAUUGACGAUGCUCAAGCACUAGGAGAAGCACUUAAAAUGACCCCUGAACUUGAAGAGUUAAAUUUGUCCUGGAACAGUAAAGUGGGAGGAAACUUGCCUAUGAUUCUUCAGACAGUCCAAGAAGGGAGUAAAAUACAAAGACUUGAGCUUGUGGAUUGUGCCCUCACAUUAGAAGAUGGAGUGUUUUUGGGUCAGUUAAUACCUAGGCUGCCAAAUCUUGAAGUCCUUGAUCUUUCCAUUAACAGAAACAUUGGUGGCAUUCUAACCAGUAUUGCUCAGGGAUUAAAAAGUGCCUCAAACCUGAAAGUAUUGAAUUUACAUUCAUGUGGAUUAUCACAAAAGAGUGUCCAAUUUUUGGAAGCUGCUUUUAGGUAUUUGGGUGAGCUGAGGAAACUAGACCUAUCUUGCAAUAAAGAGCUGGGUGGAGGUUUUGAAGAUUCAUCAGCUCAGCUGGCCACAUUGGCGCAUCUGGAAGUUCUGGAUCUUCACCAGUGCUCACUAACUGUGGAAGAUGUGGUGUCACUGACUCAAGUUAUACCUUUACUCGCCAAUCUUCAAGAACUGGAUUUAUCUGCCAACAAAAAAAUGGGAAGCUCUUCUGAAAACCUCCUCAGUAGGCUCCGGUUUUUACCAGCAUUGAAGGCGCUACUAAUCAACAAUUGUGCUUUGGAAAGUGAGGCUUUUAAUGCCCUAGCUGAAGCCUCCAUUCACCUCUCUGCUCUGGAAAUAUUCAACCUUUCUUGGAAUAAGUGUGUUGGUGGCAACCUGAAGCUGCUUCUAGAAACACUGAAGCUUUCAACAUCCCUUCAAGUUCUGAGGCUGAGCAGCUGUUCCCUGGUGACAGAAGACAUAGUUCUCUUGGCAUCAGUAAUACAGGGAGGUCAUCUGUCCAGUCUGCAGAAGUUGGACCUGAGCUAUAAUGACAGUGUCUGUGAAAAAGGUUGGGCUGUCUUCUGCCAAAGUGUGUGUCUCCUCAAAGAAUUGACAGAACUGGAUAUUAGCCUUCGACCAUCAGCAUUCCAAGAUUGUGGAAGAUGGUUUAGAGACUUAUUAUGUUCUGUGACCAAACUUCCCAAGAUCACUGAGAUUGGAAUGAGAAGAUGGAUCCUCCCAGCCUCUCAGCAGGAGGAACUAAAUCACCAAAGAGGCAUUCACUUUGACCAUGGUGGGUUUCAGGCAGAUGUCCUAGGGCUUGCUAAAACAGAAAACCUCUCUAAGGGAAGAAGAGAAACUGAUGACUCUCAGUGCAAAUCAAAGGAGGAUCAACUGCUGCGCUGUUUCACGGGAUUUACUACAAAAAACCUGUAA